CAAGUUCUCUCCUUAAGAGUCCCUGCGAUCAGCGUUCUUGACCGUGAAUCGGCUGGGCUGGCUUCGGUCGACAUAAUCGUUGUCUCUUCCAUUGUGUUGCUGCCCGUGGUUUUGGCGCGAGAGCAGGGCUCGGCGACACCGACGAAGGAGCAGCCGCCGCUUUUGAUCGCCAGCACAUCAUGCCGGCAAAGCUCCCGAUGGAUGAGGGUCUGGCACACAUGUCCUCGCUGACACCCAAUGCCAAAUGUGAUCGCCAUCGACACCAUAGUCGAGAUCCCUCGUGUUCGUCCGGCGCAGAACGAGAUACGCCUCCAGAUGGUGUCGAGUGGCCUGCAUACGAGUGGUCAACGCACUUGAGCGCUGCGGUUGACAACGGUCUGGUUCCAGCUCGAGAAGAAACGAUCAGCCUUCAGCAACCUUGCUGCGAGCACAGCCUGAAG